GAACAAGUUCAUUCAUUAGCUAUGCAGGGCUAGUGAAUCCCGAACGUCUGGAAUCUCCAGUGUUGAAAAUGUGCACAUGUUUGUUUCUACUUUAACAUUGCACAUUGUCAUUGAGGAAGAAUUCAUAAUAUACCAGCUUAAAUAAUUCAUCCGGAAGAUAGCUUUGCUGAUAAUAAAAAAACAAACCGAAUAUUAACGUCGGAGUUUAAAAACUGCAACAUUUGCCAAUGCCAUUUCCAUCGGCAUCAGCUGGGCCUUGGAGUUGGACUCGUCUGAAAUCGUCAUCAGAAAUCUUCUUUUAUCUUCUCAAAGACUCAAUUUAAGCUUUUCUUCCGACUUAUCCUGUUUAUCCAGACUCUAUCUUACCUUGAAAUCACCAUUUAUACCUGAGGAAUCGCCUGUUUGGAGCCAUUUCGCCUUGGAACUUCUCUCUGAGCAGUUCCAUUCGCUCUCCAGAUAAGCUCAUUUAUGACAGAUAUUGAAUUUACCUCACUCUGCCAAAGCAUGAUGAUGGAACUGCAGCGGACUGUGGAUAACGAGAAGGCACCCCCUUCGCAAUCCAUCUUGGGUAUCAUGAAAAACUUCAUCGAUUCCGUCAACGAGAUGGACGAAACUGUGUUGAUCCCAAGUCGCCUGAUGGACAUCAAUAUGGACAACUGCCAUUCGAUGCUCAUGGACAACGACGACUCGUCAACGAUGUCGGUGAUUUCGACGUCGACCAGCGCUUCGUCGCCGCAAGUCCCCAGUGACCAGGUCAGCUUGCAUACGUACUACUCGAUGUUGAAGGCGGUGAAGAGGGAACUGGCUCGUGGUCCCGUGGAGGAGAGCGAGCUGAGCGAACUCGAGGAUGAAACCGUGGAUGAGGAGAGUGCGAGGUUACAAGCGCAGACCGCCCGGGCCUUCCGGGAACAUCUUCGUGGACUCUUUUCCAUCCUUUCCCAUCUCACGAACGUUUCCAAGAAUCUGAUGACGAUAUACCAACAAGAAACUGGAGAUCAACAGUCCUGCCUGAAACCAAAAUCGUUCCAUGUUUAGGCCUAGAUUUAGUUGAACUAAGACGAAAGAAAAAACUCAGAACUGUCAAAGACUUCUCUCUGAAUUGAAGGAACUUGAUCGAAAACUGUAGGAAUUGGAUCUGUCAAGUUUAUUAACAACAUAAAGUGCCCUGUGAAGAUGUAUUCUCCACUUCAUUGAUAAUUUGUCGAGAAAGACGAUUUGUGACAAUUUUGCGAAAGAACAGAAGAGCCGUGACAGUAGAUCUGUUUCACUGAUUGCAUAAGAACUAAUGAUUGAUGUAGUGUAUUUCUAAAACUGUAUCUUAUUUAUAGAAUUUGUAUCAGAAUGAUGUAGGGCCCGGCCUUAUUUUCACUGUCCCAAGAUUUUACAAUUUGUCAAUAUUGCGUUUAAGAAAACGUUGAACGUUUUGAUUGAUUUAAGUAUGUAGGUUAUUGUUCAUGUUCUUUUGACAAAAUUCGACUUCCUUUGCACCUUUGUAAAAAGUAGGUCGACGUGAUUUAUAUUUUAAGUCAGUUGUUUUGAGAUAAUACAAUUGAAAUUCUUAACCAACUCUUAGCAUGAUGGGUUAUUAUCCUAACUACCAAAGUAACGCACGUCUGUGUAAAAGUGCAAUUUCUGUUAUAUGAAAUACCAAACUGAUUUAGUAUCACUUUUUGUGUUUGUGCUCCGAGUUUUGUAGGCCCUUUCGUUUCUGGUGAUUUGAAGUACAUGACUUGAAGUCAAUCUAAUUUUAAACUAACCAAGUAUUCUGUCAAUUAUUUAAGGUCUUUAAUCUCCCGAUUGUUUGCCGUUGCAAUGGAAAUCCCAUUUUCUGGAAGCCUCAAAUAAUUAUGCAAUACUCGACCAUUCAUGAGCACCACGCGCUAAGUGCGUGUCUGGCUUGUUUACGUCUAUUGACUCAUUUGCGAACAAUGUUUCUAUACAUUGUACAUGCACUUGACGUCUAGCAGCCGACAUGCAUAUCCAUCGAUCUUAUUGUUGCGCAAGCGCAGUUGAUUAUCAUAAAAUCCAGGGGAGUUUCCAAAGCGAUGCUACAUGCCGAGUAUCUCGCUCCCAUGAAAUAUGAUGAUGAGGGAGGGACGAACUGGGACAAAAGCGUGUUUAUUUCUGUAAUUGACCGGAUUGCUUUUGUUCCCACCAGAAACGAACAUAAUAUCCCAAAUAUGUGGGGUUUGUUGGUGCAAUGGCGAUAGAAUAUGAAUUUGAGCACAGUAAAGUUGUCUUCCAAAUUCAGUACUAAAAAGUAUGUGCGAUACAAGAAAUUGCAUCCAUGGAGAUGUACAUGUAUAACCUAAUACGUCUCUUUGAUUGCAUCAUUAUCUUCGCCUAUGCUUGUACAUGUAAUAUUCAAGGAGUCGUGGUUGACAUAAUUUUGGUUCUUGCCAUACAUCCUGCGAAGUCCCUUGAUGAUGUUAUGUGGAUUAAUUAUCACAUAUGAUAAGUUGUCAUUUUAAUGUCUUCAGCAUUCUAAUGUGAUGUGUAAUUAUACCUCUUACUCUGUAUCUGUCUUUACCUAUCAUCUGACAGUGUGUGAUAAAAAACAGACAUCCAGUACAGUAUAUUGUUUAUGUGAGAGGUGUAGUGGUUUGAUUUUUAUAUAGUGGGUUUGGGGUCCGAAUCUGAAAUCAACUAUGAAGCUUAAGUUGUUUUUUUCUUUUCCUAACCAUCCACAUUUUGAGCAUGGUGCAAGACUUUUUGGUAGGAAAUAUCGAUUUUACAUCUGGAAGUAUUUUGAUAUAUUUUCCAGGCAAAUAUGCCCCAAUGUGGUAAAAUGAUAUUAAUAUUGUUUUCCAUUAUUAUGAUGCUAGUUAUACUUUCAUUACCAUUUUUAUGAUUAUUAUUAUUAUCAAUGUUCUUUGAAUACUUGCAUUAUUAUUACGAUAUACUUGUGGCUGUCAUCGUGAGACACAAAAAUGUAUAUUGUUUAUAAUUAUGUUCAGUGACAGAGUUGUUCUAACACAUUUUUAAUUUUUGAAAUGUUUGUUAUUGCCACCAUGUUGAUGACUUUUGUAAACACCAACAAUUAGGAAUGCAGGGUCUUGCUAGUUAAGAUUUACAUGUUUACAGAAAAAAAAUUAUUGCCAUGCAUGUCAUUUUGUAUUUCGGAAAUGUGGAAUUGAAUGUGACCAUACCCGAAUGCAAGUUUUAUGCAAAUGUGGUUGCUAAUGACUGUACAAAAUGUUUACGUACAUGAUUCUUUUCAAACAUUUUCGUUCCAAUUUUGUAUGAUUUCAUGAUUUAUGACCUCGAAAAUCAAAUGUAAUGUAUAAUGAAGUUUUGAGGACAUGAAAUUGAUAUAUUUUGUGCAUAUGGCAACUCGUUGACACGCAUGUUUAGUGCAACAAAUCGAAAGAAAAUGAGAAUAAUGAAUAAAAUGUAUUUUAUAUCUGA